UCGUGUGACUGUCAAUGUCAGCUGCGGUGGCUGCGGCCGUGCCCCGGGCAGCGCCGCCCCGCCCGCCCGGCAGCGCGGGCAGCCCGGCCCGGCGCGGCGCGGCCCCGCGGCAGUGCGCAGGCGCGGCGGCGGCGGCAUGGGCGACACGCUGGAGGAGCCGUGGUGGGACAGCGAGCCCGCGGCGGGCGGCACUCCAGGCACUCCAGAUCCUUCUGAUGAUGAAGCUAUUGAAAAAGCAAGUGAAAACAGGACAGCAACAUGUCAAGAUUCAGAUUCCAAACCUGCUGUGAAAAAGAAAAGAAAGCAGCCUACUGAGUGUUUUUUGAGUCAGCCUGAAGAAAAGCAAGAGAGCACUGUGAAGGCCAAGAGGAGGAAGAAGAAGAAGAUUUCUGAUGUUCUGCAAAAAUCUGCUCCAAAACCUGGUGCCCCUGAAGAUCUACAAAAUCUGCUUGCUCAACAUUUUGGUGAAAACCGUUCCGUGAUUGAAAUAGAGGAAUUACAGCUGCCAGAUUCCUGUUUUUUGCCAGCCAAUGAUCUUACCCACAGUUUUUCUUCAUACCUGAAGGAAAUCUGUCCCAAGUGGGCGAAGCUCCGGAGGAAGCACGAGGAGAAGAAGUCGCUGGUGCUGCUGGUGCUGUGCAGUUCUGCCCUGCGCUCCUUGCAGCUCAUCAAGUCAAUGACAGCCUUUAAAGGAGAUUGCAGAGUCCUCAAGUUGUUUGCAAAGCACAUAAAGAUAAAGGAACAAAUUAAUAUGUUGGAGAAAGGCGUGUUCCACAUUGGGAUUGGAACUCCUGGGAGAGUAAAGGCACUAGUGGAGCAAGAUGCCCUGUGCUUGAACUCCACGAAAUAUCUGAUUCUGGAUUGGAACUGGAGAGAUCAGAAACUAAGGAGAAUGAUGGACAUCCCUGAGAUAAAGAAAGAAACAAUUGACCUACUGGAGAAGAGUAUUAUAAAGCUGUGCAGAGAUGGAUCUGUGAAGCUGGGACUCUUUUAAUAAGUUUACUAACAAGGAAGUAAUUUGCAGCUGCAUUUUACUAUUAUCUGCAACUGAAAUUUGACUUUCCAGAGGUCUCAAUACAGAAGGCACAUUGCAACUUUUUCUGAGUUUUCUUUUAAUAAAAAGCCAGAAGGUU